CAUCCUCCAAACUCUAGAUAAUUCCAAUAUUGGAAAUGUGGAAAUUUAUUAUUUAUCUUUCUUAACACUCGUACUGUCAUACAACACAACCGACAUUGCCUCGUACUUAUGAUAGCCAUUGCAGUUCCAUUUCAUUGUUGAAGCAAACUCAUAAGAGUAGUUUGCAUUCAGCAAUCUCCGUAACCCAAAUUUCGGAAUAUUGAUUAAAAUCAGAAGCUAACUCCUGCCAUUGCUACAAGUCAGUGGAGAUGAGAUUUAUCGUCUCGGGUUUGUUUCUUUUUGUGCUCUUUUGUCAUGCAGCUGCAUAUGAUCCAUUGGAUCCGAACGGAAAUGUAACAAUCAAAUGGGAUAUUGUCUCUUGGACGCCAGAUGGAUACGUGGCUGUUGUAACAAUUAACAAUUUUCAAAUGCAUCGGCACAUCAUUAGUCCUGGUUGGACUUUGGGGUGGACAUGGGCUAAGAAAGAAGUGAUAUGGUCCAUGGUAGGGGCUCAAACAACUGAGCAAGGUGACUGCUCCAAGUUCAAAGGAAACAUACCUCACUGCUGCAAGAAAACCCCCACAGUUGUAGACCUCCUCCCAGGUGUUCCCUACAACCAACAAUUCACCAAUUGCUGCAAAGGUGGAGUGCUUCCAGCAUGGGGUCAAGAUCCUCAAGCUGCUAUCUCUGCUUUCCAAGUGAGUGUUGGAUUAGCCGGUACUUCAAACAAGACGGUGAAACUUCCCAAGAACUUCACUUUGCUCGGUCCGGGACCAGGAUACACUUGUGGUCCUGCAAAGGUUGUGCCUUCCACCACUUUUCUCACCCCUGAUCGUCGCAGAAAAACUCAGGCCCUCAUGACAUGGAACGUGACUUGCACUUAUUCACAGUUUCUAGCCAGGAAAAACCCGAAUUGUUGUGUCUCUUUCUCAUCUUUCUACAAUGAAACCAUCACCCCUUGCCCAUCUUGUGCUUGUGGAUGCCAGAACAAAAUCAGCUGCGUCAAGAGUGAUUCCAAAAUUCUAAAAAUGGUGGGAGUAAACACUCCAAGGAAAGAUAAUGCCCCAUUGCUUAAAUGCACACACCACAUGUGCCCAGUUCGGGUGCACUGGCAUGUCAAGCUCAACUACAAGGAAUACUGGCGUGUUAAGGUUUCAAUCACCAACUUCAACUACAGGAUGAACUACACCCUUUGGAGCCUCGUUGUCCAGCACCCCAAUCUUAAUAACGUGACACAAGUUUUCAGCUUUGAUUACAAACCUCUGGUUCCGUAUGAGUCAAUCAAUGAUACAGGGAUUUUCUAUGGCAUGAAGUACUACAAUGACCUGUUGAUGGAAGCAGGGCCAUUUGGAAAUGUUCAGUCAGAGCUGCUCCUUCAAAAGGACAAGGACACCUUCACUUUCAAGCAGGGAUGGGCAUUUCCAAGGAAAGUCUAUUUCAAUGGUGAUGAAUGCAUGCUACCUCCACCUGAUACAUACCCAUUUCUACCAAAUUCUGCCAAUCAAGACCUAUUCUCCAUCACAACAUUCAUUGCUGCAAUGCUUUUAUUAUUAGUGGCUUUUUGGUGAUUAAUUGUUUACCAUGGAGUACGAAAUGGCGGGGAACUAGAAUUGAGAGAUUUGGAUUGGGAAGAUUUUACCCGAGAUAACAGGUAGAAGAGAGAAUACAAAUUCAAAUUUCUUUAAACGAAUCAGUAGGCAUUUUGUAACAAAAAUUCUAGCUGGAUGGAUCCGAAUUGGCUAGCAGAUACACACGUUACUCUCUUCAUAACAAAUAUAUUCAUGUUUUUUUGGCCUUCAUAUAACAAAUACGUUAAGGAAUUUCUUAUAGUUUCCUGUAUUGCAAUGGCGUAAAAUAGAUGCUUCACCAUAGUUCACCUUUUCCUAUCACCCAGCCCCUAAGGGAUCUUUCUGC